GAGGAGCAGCAGCAGCCGCCGGCGGCACCCAUGGCGGCCCAGAUCAACCCCAAGCCGCUCACCCGCAAACCCGUCCUCCUCAGCAAGCUCGAGGGCUCUCAGGAUGUGGUCAACAUGGCUGUCAUCGUGCCCAAAGAGGACGGUGUCAUCAGCGUCAGCGAGGACAGAACAAUUCGUGUUUGGAUGAAGAGAGACAGUGGUCAGUACUGGCCGAGUGUUUAUCAUUCAAUGGCAGCUCCAUGUUCAUGCAUGUCUUUCAAUCCAGAAACAAGGAGGCUCUCUGUUGGAUUGGACAACGGUACAGUCUCAGAGUUUAUUUUGUCAGAAGACUAUAACAAAAUGGCUUCUGCAAAGAGCUACCUCGCUCAUCAAAACCGAGUGACGUUGGUGUUCUUUGUCUUGGAGAUGGAGUGGGUGCUUAGCACAGGGCAGGACAAGUACUUCACUUGGCACUGUGCAGAGAGUGGUCGAAGGUUGGGCGGCUACAAAACUAUUGCUUGGGCUUCAUGUCUGCAAUUUGAUGUAGAAACCCGACAUGUUUUUGUGGGGGAUUGUUCUGGACAGGUGACCAUUCUCAGGCUUGAACAAGACAAUUGUUCUGUGGUUACGACAUUCAGAGGACACACUGGCAGUAUUACUGCCCUCUGCUGGGACCCAUGGCAGCGGUCACUCUUCUCAGGAAGCUCUGAUCAUUCCAUUAUUAUGUGGGAUAUAGGAGGAAGAAAGGGCACUGCCAUCGAAUUACAAGGUCACAAUGACAAAGUUCAGUCCCUUUGCUAUGCUCCUCACACUCGGCAGCUGAUAUCGUGCGGUGCUGAUGGUGGGAUUGUUGUGUGGAACAUGGAUGUAAAGAGGCAAGAGACUCCAGAGUGGUUAGAUAGCGACUCCUGUCAAAAAUGUGACCAGCCUUUCUUCUGGAACUUCAAACAAAUGUGGGACAAUAAGAAAAUUGGACUGCGACAACACCACUGCCGGAAGUGUGGGAAGGCAAUGUGUGGGAAGUGUAGUUCAAAGCGUUCCACAAUCCCACUGAUGGGAUUUGAAUUUGAAGUGCGGGUCUGUGACAGCUGCUGUGAAUCAAUAACUGAUGAAGAUCGAGCACCCACAGCUACUUUCCAUGACAGUAAACAUCAUGUGGUCCACAUGCAUUUUGAUAUAACCAGAGGCUGGCUUUUGACAUCUGGCAAUGACAGAGUUAUCAAGCUCUGGGAUAUGACUCCAGUGGUGUCGUGACCUACAGUUGGUAACUAUAAAUAAAGGGAUUCUAUCUACUGAACCAAUCUACAAAUGCAAGACUGUUCUGCAGUGGUUAAGUGGUUACUUGUUUGUUACCCAGAAAAAUGAAUGUUCCAAACAGAAGCGUUAAAAAUAGGCUCAUGUUUCAAAUAGUUCCUACAUCUGAAGAUGUCCAGGAACACUACAUAAAUCAUGGUGUUUUCAAGAACUUGUAAGGUGCAUAUAUGAAUGGUUAAAGCAAGCAAAAUGUAAAUUCUUGACGGUUUUAAUGCAGUUUAUAACUGGUACGAUGAAAUGUCCAUAUAAAGCAACAGUCGUACUUGUGAUUAACAUUUCAGAAAGGUACACAUUUAAUUACUCACUGUUAUCAGUAGUAAUCAUCCAGUAUUGCUAUAGUUAUUGCAGUAGUUGUAGCUGAAGAAGCAAUUUUGUUGCUGUACUUCAAAUGUUGCACAAACUUAAAAUUAAGAAAUAGAACUGCAUCAUAGCUUGGGAUUGUUAGGUUAUAGUGCAAUCGAGCUCCUCAUUACUAAACCAAAUGAAAAGUAAUUUCAGCUUGAAGUUAGUUUUACUGGCUGUAAUAUAUACAAUAUCCUGUAUACAAUCUCCAUUAUGCAUUUUCAUAUUAUGACAUUUCACAUUUUGCUAGAUAUUUGAUCUCUUACAUUACCGUUUGUGUUGUAUUGCUGGCUUGAUGAGAUGGUAAGGCAAGGAUAAUGAACCUAACCAAGCAAUGGGAAGGGCAGCAUUAGGUUCGAAUGCAGGAAAUUCCAAUUUAUUUUUCUGUAUUCCUAGAUUUUUUGCAUUAUGAAUCAGUAUUGUUGCAGAAUUUGCUUUUAUAUAUAUAAUUUCAUUUUGUGAAUGCCCAUAUUUUCUGUAAUAUUAGAGCCUAUAGUGUGAUGGAGUGCUAUUAUGUAUUAAUAGUCAUUUAAAAUGGUUAUUGUAAAGAUCCUUGUCUAAAAUGUUGUUCUGAAAUAUUGGAAUUGAAUACAAUAUUUAGUAUUUAAGUCCUUCCAUUUAAUUUGAUACCAUUAGCACUGUUUGUAUUAUACCUGCUUUGAAAGAAAAAUGGAAAAACUUCUCUUGCAAAAUAAUUUUGCUUUCUAUCGUGUUUUUUAGGAAACCAAAAGUCACAUAAUGACUUGUCCUCGAUCUCUGCUGUAAUUUAUGCAGAAUAGGAAACUAAUGUCUAAAAUACUGACUUUUUUUAAAAAUCCUCGUUUAACUUUUUUCUCUUUUUUUCUCUCUCUCUCCCUCUCUCUUACUUUCCCUUCGAAGCAACCCAUCACUAAUGUAUAAGCGGACAGUCAUCAUGUCUUCCUUUCCCAUUCCAAUGGUGAGCUGAUAUAUUUGUGAAAUGUCACGGAAUGGUUAAAAUCUACUCUUAGCAGAGGUGUACGUGGUCUGGUAAAUACUGUGGAAUUUGAAAUCUCAACCUUCUGGUUGAUUGUUCGGUGCUAUCAGGGCUUUCCUACUUUCUGUUUGUUUUAAAUAAUGCUAUGUUUCUUGCAUUUGUGCAAAAGUUAUUUAGGAAUUCAAAGUUGUUUCACUUGCAUCAACUUCAUUCUUCAUUCUCAAAUCCUCCCCACACUAACAUUAGUACUGGUAUGGUUUUUGAAGUCCUCCCUUUAAGAGAAUCAAUGACAUGAUUUCCAAUACUUGAACCAAGCGACUUAUGAAGUGGAGAGUCGCUGUUUCACACUGAUAGGUAGGGUCUAGGUAUAGGUUGGGUAUCUGUUGAAUUCUGAGAGAACUCCUUGCCUGCAUGCCGGGCAGGUCAAAGUGUUACCUUUUUAAUAUAAUGGUGCCUCCAAUUAGAGAUCAUUUUAAAUGUGAUUAAUAUUGGGAAGUAUGUAGAUUGCUUGGGUGAUGUGCCAUUUAGAUUCAAUUGAGAACAAUGUGAGGUUGAGGAGGCUAAUGAAAUGCCUCAGUACAUACUGUAUGAAGAACUGCCAAAUUGUCAUUGCUGUGUAAUGCAUCAGUGCUAAUGGAUCAUUGUCUGCUAAUGUUUAUGUAGCUCAGCAGUUGACGAAAGCUGAAAGGGCUAAAGGAACAAGAAUAGCGACUCAAAUAAUUGGAAAAUUUGCUGCUUAGUAAUGAUGGGAGACUUGAGGACUGUACCUGAUUUGUAGGAUUUAACUGCAUUCCUGCCCUUCAAAUUGACCUGGCUUUUCUCUUCCACUUUUGCACUAGUUUUCAGAAAAUAGAUCAUAUGCAUUUAUGAUUCUCUGUUUAAUUCAUAAUUUAUCUACAAUCAUUCUCAUCAAAACAAUCAUUUUACUAACCCGAAAUCAGGUUUCAUUGUGUCAUUACUCAUCAAACAAGUAAAAAGCCAAUUAUUGGUGUACAUACUGUGAGAAAGAUGAUGCCUUAAAAUGUAAGGAAUAUGAUGCAAAGUGCACAGGUAACUAGAUUCUAGUGAAUUAUUUGAAAUAGGAUUCAGUGUGUUCUUGCAUUUCUAAUCACUGAAGCUUCAGGUGUAAAGCCCAAAGAGAAGCUGUUGUCUUGAAACUGAGUACUUCUGUUGUCUUGUGCAAUAAGGUCUCUAACAAUAUUAAAAUAUUGUAACUUCACAAAUGUCCCUGUUGGGUGAAUAUCGCCUUCCACUUCAUUUGUAUAUGCAUUAAAAAUAUAUACUGUGAA